AGGAUAGAGAGAGACAGAGACAGGACGAGGGAAUAUCUGGUAAUCCAAUCCAAGAGCCAAGGAGGUCUCUCUGAACCAGGUUGACCAAUCCCCGAAGCGUUCAACGAUGCCGACGCUGACGAAGCUAUACUCAAUGAAAGAAGCCUCGCAGCACAACACCAAAGAUGACUGCUGGAUCGUCAUCGACGGCAAGGUGUAUGAUGUUUCAACAUAUCUGGAUGAUCACCCUGGUGGAGAUGAUGUAAUCCUUGCUACAACUGGCAAAGACGCCACUGAUGAAUUUGAAGAUGCUGGGCAUAGCAAAGAUGCAAAGGAGCUCAUGGAAACCAUGUGCAUUGGAGAGCUCGACACAGACGCCUCUGCCUCAGCUGAACCUGAAACUCAACCAACUGGUUAUCCUGAGAAGCUCAUGACACUGACAAAGCAAUACUGGGCUGUUCCUGCAGCUGUUGUUGGCAUCUCUGCGGUGGUUGGCAUCUUGUACUUGCGGAAGAAGUGAUUCAAUGCACAAUUCUUGUUGCUCGGAAGGAAAUUAGUCACACAAUUUUGAAUAAUUAGUUGAUUAGUCAUUGAGAGAAGCGGCCCAUUGGCCAUUGGCCAUUAUUACAUGAUUUAUGAUUACAAGUACACUGGGAACUUGCAUAUUGUGAUUCAGAUAUCAUUUUUAUGGACUUCAGAUGAGAUAUGACAUUUACAAAUUUUAGU